GGAAAUUGUAUAUAAUGUAGAGCCGCUGAAACUCAGCCACAGUAGUUAUUGGCAAGGAAUAUCUGUAAUAGUCCAAAUACUUAACAUAUUAUCAUGUUUAAACUCCCUUUGUUUGUACUGGUCACAAUUGUGGCGACCUUCAACCUUCCUCUAGCACAGGGUCAGAACGAUACCAGCUCCGGUGGUCACAGUUUCUUCGGCAUACCCAUACCCCACUUCCCGUUCCCAAUACCCCAGUUCCAGAUACCCUCCUUCCAAUUCCCCCCAUUCCAGUUCCCAGGUAUCAGGGAACAGGAAGUUGGGGCUCCUGCUGAUGCUGAAGCUUCAUCUGCAGACCAUGCUUCUUCGGAACAUGACGACCAUCAGGAUAGAUUUUUCUUUAACUUUUUCCGUCCGGCUUCAACACUAGUGUCUUGUAAUUAUACUACGGAGGGCGGAACCCGUUGCACCACCUGCACUACAGCCUUGACCUGCGGCUCCGCAAACGUCGGCCGCCUGCAGGCCUGCCGCGGUUUCUUCCCGUAUUGCAACCUAGGCCGCUGCUCGUUCUACCCUGGAGAACUCUGUGCCAACUCUACUGGUUAAAUCAGAAUUCAAUUCCGAACUUCAGAAUCGGCGAAAAGUUUCAACGACAUUUCGUAACUGUAAUUUGAAUUAAUAGGGAGUAAAAAAUUAAAUAAAUUGGCGAAA